GACCAACAGGCUUUGACUGCCCCGCAUAUGUUGAUAUAUUGAAGUCAUGACCGCCACUCGCCUCGAUGGCGAGGAUUGCGCCCUCUUGACUACGACGUGUCAUCGAUGCCCGGAUGAUGGAUAUGAAAGGGCUCUUCUUAACGUUUCCAGAAUCAGAUGCCUCUCUCCAAGUCUGGGCACGUCGACUUACGCCCUGCAGCAUGCCUGCCACCAGAAUACUCCACCCCAGGUCUCUGUUCUCGCAUUCGAUGAACGACUGCUACCGAUAUACGUCCCUUCCCCGACAUACUCUGCGAUCCCUGUUCACAGGUUUGAAGAAGAAUGAACACAAAAUCGUCGGCGGCAUCUCUCAUCAUACGAUAUUUAUGCCUUGCCCCACCCAUUCACACAUGGCUCGGAUAUUCCAGGCAGCGUCCAGCAAUAACCAGGUUCUACAUUGCGCUACCGACUACAGCGACUUUUCAGAUACUAUUACGAUGGAACCAUGGAUUCAAGAUGCCGUGAGGUGCUGGCAGAUUUGGGCAGCCAUCUUCAGUGAACGUACCGGGCUCUGGAUUUUCUCGCACCACGGACUUGGCUGAACUCGCCACAGCCGAUCGGCGUGAAACAGAGCAAGAGGAGGAUAUUGUUCCGCUGCAAUGUUGAACUGUCCACGCCAUUUGCGCAUCGUAGAUAACUUGCUGUGACUCAAUAUGUAAUUCGCGUCUGUGACUUUGAGAAGAACCGGCGAGGCUCGGAGAUUUCCACUAUCGGGAACAGCUCGGGGGAGAUAUCUGCCAGAACCGAAUUUUCCAAGUUAGCUCAUGGUAAGUUCUCUUGCCUGAGGUAACAGGCUUGAGGUUCUUUUCACCAACGUU